CCUCCUCCUCCUCCAGACGCUUCGAGCUCUUUGAUCCGCUUCACCGACUCGGCAAUCUCGGCUGUCUUGGAGCAGAUCGCGCCGUCGGGAGCACCGGCACGAGACGAGGGGCGCCGUCGCUCGUACCAGCUAGGCUUGUGCUCGAGGAGCUUACUCUACGGUCGUCUUUAGCUUCGUCGCGCCGGAGCUCGAAGUUCCCAGGUUGGUGUUCUGUUUCAGCUUUUCCGCAGGCUCGUCGACGAUGUGCUGCUACGAGGUCGUAAGCUAAUGGGUAGUCUCUGGAUUCAUGUGAAGACGACUGGAUAUCUCUCGUGCAGAAGCCUUACAUUAGUGGCUGUCGCUUGAAUUAUUAGGGAAAACCAGUGAAAAGACUGAAAUGAGGAAGCCUAGCCCUAAUGAUGGAGCGGCGACUUCAAGCAAAAGAAAGUUUGAUGAUAGUGAAGAAAGUGAAUUGUCUAACUCAGAAGAUGAGGAGGAGAUAGAGCGUGAGUUGGCAGAUGUGACAUUUGAGGAAUUGCAGAAGGCUCGAUCUGAUGGUUCUCAUUCGGUGUACAAAAAACCCAAUGAAGAGAAAAAGCCUAAGAGGGCUAACAAAAAUAGGCCAAUGGAAGCUAGUUGGAAGAAGCCCGUCGGGAGAUUUAGAGAGGUCAUCCAGGCUCCUAAGAAGGUUGUACGGGAUCCUCGUUUUGAAUCUCUAUGUGGUGCACUGAAUGUGGAGGGGUUCAAGAAGAGAUAUGGUUUUCUUUAUGAGAAUGAGCUUCCUGCAGAAAGAAAGGAAUUACAGAAGCAGUUAAAGAAAUCAAAUGACCCUAAUGUCAUUGAUGAAUUUAAAAGUCGAAUUGCCUGGAUUGACAAGCAAUUGAAGUCAGAGACAGGAAAGCAAACAGAGGCUGCAAUUCUCACUGAGCACAAAAAGAAAGAGAGAGAAGCUGCAAAGCAAGGGAAAAAACCAUUUUACCUUAAGAAAUCUGAGAUUCGUAAAAGAAGGCUUAUUGAGAAGUAUAAUAGUCUCAAGGCAUCUGGAAAGGUGGAGGCCUUUAUCGAGAAAAAGAGAAGGAAGAAUGCUGCAAAAGAGCACAGAUACGUGCCUUAUCGCCGAUCCGGCAACACCCCGCAAGAAAGCUAACGCCUGCAAGUUUGUCUGCCUACUUUAUGUCAUUGAUUUAGUUACAAGUGGUUGCUGGCCCUACGGUUGUCUGGAGCAUCAUUUUUUUUCUUUUCUUUUUCCUUUUACCCUGUUUCGGGCAUUUCGUGCUCGGAGCAUCAUCUUGAAAGCUGUAGCGUGAGAUGUUGUAGAGGACAUGUUAUUUAUAAAAUUGUUUCAUUGAUUCAGAA